AUGGCACGCUUGUGUGAACGAGGAAUCUUCAGCGGGGUCUAUGUGGGCGCCCUGCUCCUGUCACUUUACUUCCAGUCUGCCACAGUUGGAGGAGCUGCCCUGAAGCAGGAGGUGGCCUUGGAGAAUGGCGCCACGGUGCUGAACCACUCCAUGACUUUGGUGCAGCGAAUGGAGUCCCUGCUGAACAUGGGAAAUGGGAGUGACGUGACUCUGCGGGUGCAGACGGUCAACACGGACGAGGUGAAGGUGAUCCAAGCCCACAGCCUGGUACUGACCCUGCAGAGUGACAUGUUCGAGGAGCUGCUGCUCACCCGCAACACCAGCACUCUGGUCCUGAUGGAGACCCCUGACUGCUCUGCAGUCUUCGACAAAUUUAUCAGGUAUCUGUACUGUGGGGAAAUUUCAGUGCGGCUAGAUCAGGCCAUUCCCUUGCAUAAACUGGCCAGCAAGUACCACGUGUGGAGCUUGCAGCAGGGUGUGACCCAAUAUAUGACCCAGCAUCUGUCCAGCGAGUCUCCCUCAGGCCACGUGGUGGGCUGGUACCAGUACUCCAUGCAAAUUGGGGACUUUGCCCUGCGGGACAGCUGUCUGCAGUACCUGUCCUGGAAUCUCUCCUCCGUGCUGCAGAGCGGAGAAUGGGGCUCCAUCAGCGAGGACCUGCUCCUGUCCCUGCUCCAGCGCUCCGACCUCAUUUUGCAGAGCGAGCUCGAGCUCUACGAAGCCCUGGAGGCCUGGAUCAGCCAGAACCAGCCUGGCAGCCCCACGGUCGAGAGAGCCCUGAAGGCCGUGCGAUACGGCAUGAUCCCCCCUCAGCACCUCUUCCGUCUGCAGAAGCAGUCCCCUCUCAUGCUGAAGUAUUACGAGUCUAUUCGUGACCUUCUUUACCUGGCCUUCCAGUUCCACUCCGCCUCGCCCGUCCAGCUGGCCAAGUACUUUGACGUCAACUGCAGUAUCUUCACCCCCCGUAACUACCUGUCGUCCUCCUGGGGCUCCCCCUGGGUCAUCAACAACCCCACCCGGGAUGACCGCAGCUUCAGCUUCCAGACCCAGCUGGGGCCCAGCGGCCACGACUCCAGUAAAAGGGUGACCUGGAAUGCCCUCUUCUCCCCUCGCUGGCUCCCACUCAGCAUAAGGUCCACCUACACAGAGCUAGGUGCCAUGCAGCCCACCCGCACGGACGGAGGUCGCCCCCGCAUCAUAGUCACCCCCGCCACAUCUAGCCCGGACUUUGCCGGAGUGAGCUUCCAGAAGACGGUGAUAGUGAUGGCCAGACAGCAGGGAAAAGUGGUGGUCCGCCACGUCUACAACUUCCACCAAAGCACAGAGGAGGCCGGGGAUUUCCUGGUGGAUGCCGACCUCCAGCGUCGGGCCUCGGAGUACCUGAUUGACAGCUCCCUCUAUCUGCACAUCGUAGUAAAACCCCUCUACCAUACCCUCAUUGUUGCUCGAAAGUGA